AUGACAAAGGAUAUAGUUUUGACCAGAAAGCUUGGCGGAGCGGAAAAUUUCUUUCGAUGUCGAACAGAAGUGGACUUCUAUCGCAACUUCUUUGCUGUGGGUGCGUACAGUCGUGAUUUGACUGCUGACUGGCCUCUUUUCUACCGUGCCUUGAGGAAAACUUUAUUGGACUAUCACAUAUUAAUCUGCAAUGUGUUCAAGGAGGCCAAUUACACAGUUUUUCGGCCUAUUGAGAAGGCGACGCUUGGAGACUUGGUGGAGUUAGACCCUUCGGUGUUCUCUCCUUUAGGAAAGCCCGUGAGUGAAGAAUUCAUGAAGAAAUAUCUGAAGAAGGUGCUUUUCCAUUUGUACCAGCAAAAGCCGCUUACAAAGUUGAUUAUUGCCGGGACACAUGAUUUGGCUGUCAUUUUUGAGCAUACAAUUGCAGAUGGAGUCGUUGCGCCUUAUUUCCACGAGGCUUUCUUGAAGAAUUUAGCUUUCUGCGACGAAAGGGAAAAUGAUGCGGACUACCUCAAAUUUUAUGGACCCGUGCCUGAGACUGUGGACAUGGACACCCCCAUAUUUGUCUAUUCUGACGAUGUGGUAUAUAUCAAGCAUUCCCUUCCACCACCAAUGGAAAUGGGUAUGCAAGAUCCUGAUAUUGACUAUACAGAUAAUGAUCCUCAGCAUUACUCCAAAGUCACUCCACCCGAUUAUCCAAAACAAUGGCCCGGUCGUUUUCCAGCUACUAAGGAUGCUACUGUAGCAUACAAGUUGGUUAAUAUUCCUCCAAACGACUUGAAGGCAUUAUUGCGAAAGUGCAAAGAGCAUAAGGUCACCUUGACUGCUUAUAUUACGUACAUUCAGGCAAUGGCAUUACGACCUGUUUAUGGUGACAAGCAUCACUUCCGGACAGUAAUGGCUGUAACCCUCCGUCGAUUCUUGACUCCCCAUAACGUGGAAAGAAGGUACUCAGAUAUUUUCGAGGAGAAGGACUAUAAAUUAAUGGGUAACUAUGCACAUAUGGGACUUCCAGAACAUUUUGCACCUGCCACGGAGUUUUCAUGGGACAAAGUCAAAACUAUCAGUGAGCAUUUAUCUAGAUCGGUUGUUAAUGAUAAGCUUCUCAAUACUAUGAAGCCUUUUUUUGAUACUGCGGACGAGUUGGAAAACAAUUCUAAAUUGUUUACCUCUGCGUUAGGCAAGAGCAAAGGCGAUGGCUCAAAGCUAUCAAAUUUGGGAUACUUUGACUUUCCAAUAUAUAGGGUGAGAGAUACAGAAUGGACAAUCAACGAUGUGACAUUUGCUCAGGAUUUGGCCCCCGCCGCCUCCGAGUUUGUUCUCAACGUGAUAUCUACACUGCGUGGAGGACUCAACAUUGUGAUUUCAUAUUUCGACCAUUGCUAUGAUGACGUGGGUUUCGAGACAAUUGACAAAAUUCCUGGACAGUUUCGCAGGCUUCUUUUACAAAGUGCUGGCAUCAACUCCUAA